ACAGGUUUGUUCUGCCAACCGUUCCUUGUGCACGGGGAGUGCAGCCAGAAGGCGCCCCCAUGACAAGGCGACAUUUCAUUGGUGGGUUUGAGAGCUCUGAACCCUCUUUUAAGGUACCAGUAGUGAUCCAUCGUCGCAGCGGGAAAAGCCCUGAGGACCAAUGUUCAGGUCCUGGUGAAAUCAAUAGCUGCCAUAGCGAUGCUAGCCAGAUUUGCGGUCCAAUCAUCUUAUUCCUACUAGACUUUUCUAGUUCUUCUUGAUGCCCACCGGUACCUUCUUAGCCAGUAAUGAUGGUGUGGCAUCGCGCCUUCGAGUGACAAGAGUUCCAGACCGCCUAGCAUCGCUUGGCCACAACCUGGUUGACUACUUGGUAGCGACUUCUUGAGCCAAUCUUGAACUCUUUUACUUCGUCGCUGGGUUGCACCACAUGGCGUGUAUUUCCAAGGGCGCCUUACCGUGCGGACGGUACUAGCAGUACGUCCUGGACCACCACCACUGGAUGUGGCCGCUCGAGCAUGAUUGCAAGGAAAGGACGAGAUCGGUUGUUCAAUCUGGACCAUUGGUUCCCCACAGCCAGUUGCGGUAGAUGGCACGUGCGCCGCACUUCAACUCGCUGGGUUGCUACCGGUACCACUGUCGGUGCUUCAAUCAACGAAAAAACCGUUGGCGCACUGAUUGAUUCCCGCACGCCCCCCAAUCAUUCUUCUUCGAAACAUUCUUUUCAUUCACACUUUUUUCGUUUUCAUUCCCAGUUAGUUGUGUGCCUUUUUGGUGCUUGCGAGGUUUGCGGUUGUCGAGUGGUAAAAAUUUCACGUCCCCACAUCACACUGGAAAGGCGCAAGAAAUUCUCACUCUGGGUUUCAGAACAACCCUGACUAAGAAAAGCAACAGUAUAGUAUCAUCUUUAGUUGGCUGAGAGGGUGAGGAAAUGUUACGCACACACAAAAAUCAUCUCAAACAAUAAUAAAACACAAUCCCCGAAACAUUGCAACUCUAAAAUCAUGUUUGCCAAAGCCAUUAAACUCGUGUUGACAACGUUGGCCUGUACGAUGCUCCCCUCCACCGCCGGCGCUGAGAUGGGAGAGGCAAAUCUUAGCCUUGGUCGUGAUCUUCAAGAGCUUGGCCAAACUUUUGAUUCGUUGUUGACAACUGGAGCACUCUAUACAUUGAGUAAUGCUGCCACAAAUAACGAGUUGCUCAUUUUCUAUACCAAAACUGAUGGGAGCCUUGAAUACAAAGGCAGCAAACCAACAGGAGGGCUUGGUUCAGGACCUGGUGAAUUAUAUCAAGCGGAUCCCUUGGCAUCUCAGAAUGUCAUUGCGGUCACACGGAAUACCGGACCAAGCAACACCUUUCUGUUUACGGUGAAUGCUCAAAGCAAUACUGUCAGCUCCUUCCGAGUCAAUGCCGAUUACGGGCUAGAAUUUGUUGCAGUUGUGGGUAGUGGAGGUCAGUUCCCUUCCAGCAUUGCUAUUCGCAAUGACAACAAAGUUCUUUACGUCAUGAAUGCUGCCUUUGAUGGGAGUGUGGUCGGCUUCGAAGUAAUGCCAGAUGGAAAUCUUCGACAGAUUCCUAAUUCUUUUCGUAGCCUUAAUGCAGGUGGUUCACAGGUGCCUCCCGAUCAGAACCUAUCGCCAUCGCAAGUAGAGUUCACACCUGACGGAAAGCAGCUGGUGGUGACGAUCAAGGAUGGCUUUGAAGGUCUUGUACCUGGGGUCGUUCCAACGGGGAACGGCCGUGUCUUGGUUUGGAAUCUGAAUCGAGAUGGAGUUGCUGAAUCAUCUAUUCCAGUUGUCACAGAGACUGCCAACCGCGUCCCUUUCGGCUUUGCACUAACCAAACUCCCGACUACGAAUGACCUCAUCCUGUUGCUGACUGAGUCUGUUGCCCCCAAUGAAGCCGUCUCAUCCUACAAGGUGAACGCGGAUGGUACGCUAACAGUGAUCUCCCAAAGCGUUCCAACUUUUCAAGAAACCAUUUGCUGGAUGGUACAGUACAACAGUCGCUAUGCCUAUGGAGCUAAUUUUUUUGGCGACAGCAUUACCAGCUACAGUAUUGAUGGUACGGAUGGUUCCAUGACGUUGUUGGAGUCGGCCGCCGCUGUUUCCGAGGCAGCUGAUAGUUUCCCCUUGGAGAUGCUGAUUUCCGGAAACUUUUUGUACCAGCUUUUCCCCGGCUCUGGUACAAUCGGAGCUUACGCGAUUCAAGAUGCAGAUGGUUCAUUGCAAAAGGUAGGGGAGUAUGGAGGCCUAGAACCCACCCUCAAGGUUGAACAGGGCACCAUCCCCGCUUUCUCGGAUCUUGGCGGUGCUGCUGUAGGCCUUGCUGCUGUCAAAUUCUAAUUUAGUAGCCAAUCAAUCAGCCAC